CUCCCUUCUAUGUUCAGCUUUUCUACUCCCUCCAAGAAGAGAUCAACUUUGAAGCAGCAGCAACAAACAUGAAUGUGAAGGGCAUGGCUAUAGUCUUGGCUGUGAUAUUCUGUGCUACAAUUGCUCAAGGUUUCCCAAUGUUCAAAGGAGGACGCUGUCUCUGCAUCGGCCCUGGAGCAAAGGCAGUGAAAGUGGCAGAUAUUGAGAAAAUCUCUGUAAUUUACCCAAGUAACAACUGUGACAAAGUAGAAGUGAUUAUCACCUUAAAAGCACAUAAAGGACAAAGAUGCCUAAAUCCCAGAUCAAAGCAAGCAAACAUUAUAAUAAAGAAAGUUGAAAGAAGGAAUUUUUUAAAACAUCAAAACAUCUGAAGUCCUGGAAAAAAGGAUAUGAAAACUCAGAACAAGUUUAACUGUGACGAUGAAAUGUUAAGAAUUCUGUAAUAGGGAAAUGACUUUCUGAUGCCUAUUGCAAUGCGCAUUCAUGCACUUGUAGAAUUUGUAAGUUUGGAACCUUCUAGAAGACUUGAUGUUUAUAACUAUUCUGCUGUGAUGAUGAAAACAUUUCUAAGUUAUCUGUCUGUACUUGAUCUACAUUCCAUAUUACAAUCUGCCGUUAAAAUGGAGACAUUAAUAUUAUUACUAGAGUCAAGAUCUUAUGAGUCAAAAGCAUCCAUGUAUGUAAUAAACAUCCCCCCCAAAAUUUUUAAUGCAAAUCCACAUUUCUUUUCCCAAAAAUCAUAUAGCACAUAUAUACCUAGGGAAAAAAGUUCUUACAUGUCAUCUUGUUUAUAAAAAGGCAAUAAUUCAUGAAAUGUACUAUGAAAAAAGUAUAUGCUAAGGAAAACUGGUAAGAAUGGAAAUAUUUCAUAACUGAAUUAGCAGCUCUGGUCUUAAUUUGAUUUAAGCAACUUUUUCAUUGAUAUGUUUUGAAACAUUUAGGAUAUGUGGGUUUACUGUGCGUUUUGGUUGUAUCUAUUUUUAUAAAUUAUAGCAACAUUUUGGACACAUUUUAAAUAUAAAAUGUUUUUGUCUACCAAAGAAAAUGUCGAAAAGAAAUAAAUAUAUAUACAUAUCUGGCAA